AUGUCUCGUCUAAGUUCCGGCGACGAUCCCAAGCAUCAUGGCAGAAACGAAAUUCCCCAUCCCGAUGUCAUUCCAGAGGCAAAACGAGCAACUAAAGCCGAACAUAAUAUGACUACGCUGUUUGCAUAUUGUCCAUUCCAAUCUACCUUUGGUGUCAACCAGCCGGACGGAAGCUAUCAAACAACCUCAGCGUGGCAAUCUGGAUUUAUGAACGGGUGCCUUGUUGGUCGGAUUUUGGACUUGCUUGCUACUGGUAUGAUCGUCGAGCGCUUUAGCUAUCGCAAGAGCAUCAUUGCUGCCAUGGUGGCAUGUAUUGCUUUCGUCUUUAUCAUCUUCUUUGCGAAAAACCUUUCAGUCCUUUUGGUGAAAGAGAUCUUAAUUGGCAUAUCAUGGGGUGCUUUCCAAACCACGGCUACUUCUAUGCUUCGGAGGUCUGCCCUGUUGUAUUAA